AUAAAUGGCAGCCAUAGUAGAUAACAUUGUUAUUAAUAUAGCUGGAAUUCAAGAUGUCAAGCGUAUGGAGGAUCUAUAUAUGGCUAAGGAUACAUGGUACUUUGGGUUUAAGGAAACGCCACCGCUUGAGUUAUUGUUCUACAAAAUUCAUGCGUACCGCCUACUUCUCUACGACAAUCAGGAGUUUCACAAACUUUUGGCCUUCGGCACGUUCUGUAAUCACCCAGAUAUCCCAGUGCUGGCCAACGAUAUGUGGCUACACUGGCUCAACACUCGCUUCUGCUUAGACUUUUCCAUCUCGCUGAUUAACACGAUAUUCUUCAACUUCUUUAUCUGCAAAAACAACAAGACCUCGAUCACCAAGAUGAUCAUCCUGGAGAUCUUCUACAAUGAGCACAAGGUUAACUAUAUAAUCGUGGUGAGGCCACCGGGAAAUUCAUCUGCGCAAUAUGAUGCAGUCGAAGCGUUUGGGAAAUGCUACUUUCCCAAGGACACGACUGUCGCUGAGAUGGCUGCUGCUCCCUCGAUCAUCGUAAUCAACCGGCGAGACAUCAUGCCAGCACUCACUUUUCGCAAAGCUCUUCCGGAGGAUAACGACGACAUUGUGGAGAUGAUCGAUACCGAGGACCCUCAUCUUCGAAAAGAGUACGGAGAUUUUUACAUUGCCGAACAUCUGCUGGAGGAAGAAGGAUCAAAGGAGGAAGGCAAGGGCGCUGAACAGAUCAUUAUUGCAGAGUUUGAAGAAGAGAACCCUCAAGGGGUCAAGGGAGCUGGGCUGAUGUGGCUGUCGGACGCUGUGGAUGUGGAGCGACUGGCCACGAACUUUCAGUUGGAGCGAUUGGGUAACCUGGCCAAGUAUACGCCGGGUCUAAAGCAUGGCCAUUUCGAAUACGAUGUAGUUUCUGCGGAACAUAGAUCAUUGAAGACCCUAUAUACUACAUCAACGAUGAACGAAAUGUUCCUUGAACUGGUCAGCUCUGGACUGCAUGUAAAUGAAAAAGACCUUACGUCAAAGAAGUUGCUCUUUGCCAAGUUUAAACACAUCUUCGAUGAACUUCGAAGUGCAAGGUACUAUUACUAUGCCUACAAGGAUACUCUGACAAUAUCCUUUGACUUGCCAGAAGGAGAGAGUUCUCCUAACGAGAAUAGGAACCAGUGCUUGGCCCAGGCAUCCAAUGCCUUCCUGCUCAAGAUGUAUCAGUUGCAUUCCCUGGUUCGACCAGAAUAUACCUUCUUUUCGCUGUCAGCUAUGUUCGGGGCCUUUCCGGAUCUCGAUUACUGUGUGACAAUGGUGCAGAACACCGUGAUGAUGACUUCUUGUCAACGGGAAUUACUUCGGUUCUUUCUGCCCAUUUACUUUCGCCCGAAUUGCACGGUCGAAGAGAACGUAUUUGUUGCCAAUCGCAGCACCUUGUUUGGCGAAAUCCGGGUAUUCCGUACGGAGAAGGAAGAGGGCAAUGAAAUCAAGAAGAUCAUCACAUCGCAAUCCUCCAGUAGGUACUCCAACGUUGUUAAUGUUGGGGAGAAUACACCCGGUGUGGACAACUACACUGAUGAAGUUCUGGAACUUUUUAACCAGAUCUUCGAUGAUAUUUGUGACAAUAUCGACAGUGAAUUUACCUGUUUCACCAUUCGCUGUGGUCAAUCGAAAUGGCAUAAAGAAUGUCCAAUAGUGGGAUUCAUUAUAUUGAGACGCUUUUUGGGCUUCGAUGAUCUGUGCAGGCUAUUUAUGCUGCCCCGGGAUCAGUUCAAUUUAACCCACAACCGGGGAGAGGUCCUCAUGUUUAAGCUGCAUCCCUUCUUCCACAUCUGGAGCAGUAACAUCUUUCGGACGGUGGCGCUGUACGAUGAUUACCAGGAACUCUACUACAUCAAUUACUUUAAUGGUAUCUCUUUGCCCAAUGACCUCACGUACAAUAUGAUGCCCUUGGAGCCGAAACGCAUGAAAAAGAAUUAUUUCGGCAGUGACCUUUUUCAGAGGCGCUCCUCCGAUGUAGUCAAUCUGCAUGGCGCGGAGAAGGCCACCAGUCGCCUCCGUGUCUUCUGUUAUAAUCUGAUGCCCACCAAGCACCUGGGGGCAGAGCAGUCCCUGUUGAUUGUGGGUUUCUCGGAGAUUUCUCGUGCCUUCAUCCGCAUCAUUAUCUAUGCCUGGAACACGAACGAUCUGUACAAGUUCAAAAAGUACAACUGCCUGCCUCUAAUGGAUCUGACGAUUGUAGUUCCCCAAGGAGUUGUGGAGGCAGCCUACGACUGUGACUUCCGGUGCGAAUACUGUGGCGAUGGUAGGAACUGUUAUGUGAACACCGGCAAUGAUCAUCCCUAUGUCAGGGAUUCCACUCAGCGCAUGGACAUGAGGCACUGGGUUCGUUUCGUUCCCGGAACACUGAAGAAGAUUAAUAGACAAAAGCAAAUUGUAGAUUUGGUGGACGGAUGUAGGCUUCACUACGACAAACUCCUCAUUUUGGAUGACAUGAAGUUCGGCUUCGAGGAUAGCGUGUUUGAGGGUCGUCAGCCACCGCCCAACUAUGUGGUCAACAAUUAUCGCCUGGACCGUAUCAUCUUUUACCACAAGAUACGGGAGAUGGUUCAAUCGGGUGGCCCCUACAACAUCAUCGUGUACGGCUAUGGGAUAGCAACCUAUGAGUGCCUACACUUUAUGGUGACCCACGGAUGCCAGACCAAGAACAUAACAUAUGUGCAGCCCCACUUGCCGGCAGCGCCCGAAGACCAGGGUAAUCCCUGGGCAGAUGGCCCACUGGAUCCCAUUAUACUGGAUAUGAUCGGCGAUCUGGGUAUUACGAUUUACCUAUCGACGAACUACUCUAGAUUCCACUUUCAGGAGGGUGACUUCUCCAUCCAACGGGUGGAGUUUGAAACGGUUCCGCGUAAACACGCAAUUAUUCUGGACUGCACUCUUUUCGUCAAUUAUAACUUUAACAACAUGUCCUCGGCCUUGGAGAGACUUCUUGACGAUGCGGACAUUGAAAUGGCGGACAGGAAUAUUGUGGUCAAUACACGUUUCUGUACGUCUGAUCCCAACAUCUAUGCAGCGGGCAAAAAUAUAAGCAUUAGACCCUUGCCCAACUAUCAGUUUAUCCAUACCAAUCCACAGGAGAGCGCCGAGAAGUUGGCCUUUGAGCUGGGAAUGCUGAAGAUAGCGAUGCAGCAGCGAUUUAUAAGACCCUUCCUGUUCUCCGGCAUGCUGCCCAAUGGUUAUCACAUCAUCAAGAUCAUUCAACCCAAACCGCUACUCAUUGGCCAGCUUCCGGUGGAUUUUACCGAAAAUAUGACUACCUACGAUGAUGGAGAUUUUGUGCGCAUUCGACUCAACUUAAAGAUGAUUGUCACGGAGAUUGUGUGCGUCACUAAGAAGGAGAAGAGACUUUACUUCUUGGAAUACUUUUGCGGCAAGCAUGCCAAACUUCUGAAUGACGUUCGGAAUCGCUUUAAGUCCGGCUGGAUUACCAACUUCCUUGUUUUCUUCCAACAACCAUGGACGGAGCUGAUAAUGCACGAAAGAUUCGAGGAUCUGCAGCUAAAAAAUCGCAGAGUCCUGCUGUCCAUGCUACUGAUGAGCCACAAGAAUGCGGAACCUAGGAGCAGUGUCGAGAUGGUGCAACGGAAGAAGCUAGAGGAAAAUGUGAGAUUUGUUCGAACCUAUCGCCAAGACUUUAACAAUCAAUUUGCACUUCCCGAAGAUUUGGAUGCUGACAAAACUUUUGAAUUAUUUAGUAGAGUAGUGGAGUAGAUUCGAGUGCUUAGUGUAGUCACAAUUUCAAGAUUAAUUUUUCCGCACUCUACUUGAAUUAAAUCUUUCGGAUAUUUUACAGAGAUAUGUCACCCUAUUCCUACUUUGUUUUCUACCAAAUUAAAUAAAUGGAAUUAUGUUUAACGCUGCUAUGUA